CCCGGGGUGCAAACGCUCGGUGAGGACAUCACCUUUGGCGUCCGGAUCCCAAAUCUAGAGGAGAGACCUUUGGGCUGAAGAAAGGAUCCCAAACCCGAGCGGAGGGAGCAGGGCAGAGACCCCAGGACAUCGUCCCCCACUCCCCCAGCCCCCAGGUCUGCAGCCAUGACCCGCAAAACAGCCCCUGCCUCCGAGCCUGCUCCCAAGAAGAAGUCAGCAGCAGCCCCCAAGAAGGAGGAGGCAGCCCCCAAGAAGGAAGCAGCCCCCAAGGAAGAAGCAGCCCCCAAGAAGGAGGAGGCAGCCCCCGAGAAGGAAGCAGCCCCCAAGGAGGAAGCAGCCCCCAAGGAGGAAGCAGCCCCCAAGGAGGAAGCAGCCCCAGCCCCAGCUGCUGAAGCGUCCCCAGCCGCUGAGCAUCCCCCCCCUGCAGCACAGCCUCCAGCCCCCGCAGAGGAGCUUGCUCCUGUCCCCACACCAGAAGGGGCUCCAGCCCCUGCAGAGGCUCCCCCAGCUGAACCCCCAGCCCCUGAGCCCGAGAAGCCAAAGGGAGAGCCUCCCAGCUGCCCCCUGGCCUUGGCUGUGGAAGAAGUGAGUCAAAACUCCAUCACCCUGAGCUGGAGAGCCCCGGAGCAGACAGGCAGGGCAGGCUUGGAUGGAUACGUGGUGGAGAUCUGCAAGGAUGGAAGUACAGACUGGACAACUGUCAACAAGGAGCCUUUUCUUUCCACCCGCUACACAAUCCAGGACCUGGGCUCUGGAGAGAAGAUCCACGUGAGGGUGAAGGCUGUCAACACCCACGGUGCCAGUGUCCCUGCCAGCCUGGAGCAGCCAGUCCUCAUCAGAGAGAUCCUGCAGCUGCCCAAGAUCCGCCUCCCGCGGCACCUGCGGCAGACCUACGUCCGGCGCGUUGGGGAUGCUGUCAACUUGAUGAUUCCCUUCCAGGGGAAACCACAGCCCGAGGUGAGCUGGAGCAAGGAGGGGCAGCCCCUGGACAGCAGCCGCAUCAACAUCCGCACCACGGAGCGCGACAGCAUCUUCUACAUCCGCAGCGCCCAGCGCUCCGACUCGGGCACCUACCAGCUGAGCGUCAGGAUCGACGGGGCGGAGGACAAAGCCACCCUGGACCUCCGGGUGAUAGAGCCACCAGGCCCACCUGAGAACCUGAAGCUGGUGGAUGUGUGGGGCUUCAAUGUGGCCCUGGAGUGGACCCCUCCAGCAGACAAUGGCAACUCUGAGAUCAAAGGCUACAUAGUGCAGAAGUCAGACAAGAAGAGUGGGAAGUGGUUCACGGCUCUGGAGCGCUGCUCCCGCACCAGCUGCACCAUCUCCGACCUCAUCAUCGGCAACACCUACUCCUUCCGCGUCUACGCCGAGAACGCCUGCGGGCUGAGCGAGAAGGCAGCCACGGCCAUGGGGGUGGCUCACAUCCAGAAGACAAAAACGACUUACCAGCCAGAGAAGAUCCCCCAGAGGGACAUGAUGGAGCCUCCAAAGUUCACCCAGCCCCUGACAGACCGCACCACCACCCGGGGCUACAGCACACAUCUCUUCUGCUCUGUCCGAGGCUUCCCCCAGCCCAAGAUCAUCUGGUUGAAGAAUCAGAUGGAGAUCAGGGAAGACCCCAAGUACAUCGCCAUGAUCGAGCAGGGCGUCUGCUCCCUGGAGAUCCGCAAGCCCAGCCCCUUCGAUGGGGGCAUCUACACCUGCAAGGCUGUCAACCCCCUGGGGGAGGCCUCAGUGGACUGCAGACUGGAUGUGAAAGUGCCCAAGUGAGAACAGAGCAGAGGGCAAGACGAAGAGCAAGGUGGAUGCUGCAGCUGCUGCGUGGGAGCCUGGCACACGGUGAUGCCCCUGGCCACGGCUCCUGCUGCCCUGCCCCUUCCCUGGCACUGCUUUAGGGGUGGGGGUGGGGUCUGCAUCGCAGUCUGCCGUGGCCUGGUCCUCUCUGAGCAUGUCCUGAGCUGUGACAAUAAAACGAACCCAGCUGAGGGGGUUUGAGCCUCAGGGAGAAGU